UAUAUGCUCGAAGCACUCUGAAACAUAAUCAAAACAAGAUAAAAACGUCAUAAAACAUAAAACCUCAUUUUAUUUACGAAUUCAUAAAAUAUUAAAUCUUUAUAUUUCCUUUACAUGCUCUUCGAAUUUUUACACCACAUAUUCAAUUCAACUAACCUAAUGGCAGUUGGCAAUUGAUAUAAAAUUGGAUAAAUCAUCUUCCAAAUUCAAAAUAUAUAGGAAAACUUUACAUUUAUGUUCAAAAUGUUUACUAAUAACAGUCGCUAUAACGAUUACUAUCUGGUGAAUGAUAUGGAGGUAGACGAUGUAUCUUUUGAACCGAGAAAAAAAAGUUGUUGCAGAAAAUGUUUAAUUAUAGGAGCUAUCAGUUUGUUAUGCUUGCUUAUACUUGGAUUUUUAAUAAUCUUUGUAGUAUUACCGCUAGUCUUUAUGAAUUCCAUCAGUCUGCAAAGAGCAUUAAUCUUUACCCAUUUUGACCUUCCAAGCUCGGAAAAAUACUUUGAAACUUACAGACUACCAGGUUAUUUAAACAAAUAUGUGACAGUAAAAGACUUAGACGGCAGAACAAAUGUAACGUUGGGUGUAUGGCAAAUGUUACCUGUACUGUUGGCUUACGAAAGUCUACACAAUCCCGAAUUUGAUUAUAAAGAAGCACUAUUUAAUAGUAACUACAGCGUUUUAAUAUAUUUCCAUGGUACCGGUGAAUCUAGAAGUGACAGUUCUAGAAAAUUUCAAUUGCUGCGGUAUUACUUCCAUGUAAUCGCUUUUGACUAUAGAAGUUAUGCAGAUUCUACCCAAGGGAUUUUAUCGGAAAAGGCGGUUGUAAGUGACUGCGUGCAACUGUACCAGUGGUUGAGGAAUCGCACGAAUUCGCCAAUUUAUAUAUGGGGACACUCGUUAGGUGCUGCUCUAGCGACAGAGACUGAAGUCGCUUUGAGAAAUUUAAAUUACUCUCCAAAGGGACUGGUUUUGGAGUCUGCUUUUACCAAUUUACGUGAUGAAAUGUACGUGCAUCCUUAUGUAAAGAUUUUCGCCUGGUUGCCGUGGUUUGCUGGGACGAUUUUGAACCCUUUGCGUGACAACGGGUUUAUAUUUGACACCGACACGAGGAUCAGGAAAGUGUCCUGCCCAGUGAUGAUUUUACAUGCUGAGGAUGAUUCAAUCGUCCCUUACAAAUUUGGACGAGAAUUGUAUAAGAUCGCUUCUAACCGAUCGGUGGAUGCCGCUAAUACGACGUUCUACCACCAGUUUGGGAAAGAUCUGGGAUACAACCACUAUUUUAUUUAUCAGGAUCCCUACGUUAAGUAUUUUAUUAUGGAUUUCAUCGUUGUCGCCGAAAAAAACGAAUCUAGGACCGUAGAUUCUCCUUAGAAAACAUGACUAGCUCCCAUCAAAGAAAUAAGAGGCUGUGAUUUGUCGUGUUAAGAUAUAGAAAAAAAAAAAAACACCAAAAUGUCGUUCUGUUCUGUAAUAGAUAAUAUUGUGUGGAUUGUUCUAUAAAUCGUCAGUUAAAAACGUUAAAAGUAACUGUUAAUUAAGAUAAUACAAUAAACGAUCACGAUAAGAGGGAUUAAAAUCUUUAGAUAAAAUAUUAACUCUAGUGAUAAUUUAUAGAAUGUGUCUCGCCUGUUUGGAUGCCACGUUUUGCCGAAACGGGUUACCCUGAAACCGGCUUACGACAAAGUGGGUCAUUCUAAAAGGACUUUCCUUACACGGCUUUUUCUGAAUUUUUCACUAACUUGAAUGAAAAACGGCAUAAAGGUUCCAUUAUUUUUUCCCAAAGGAGUUACGCUUAACGGCUCGACUUUUCUUUUUUUUUUUUUUUGUAAAGCCUUGUAGAUUCAAAAAUUUGCUGAUGGGACCAAUUAUUUUUUUAAAAAAUGUAGUUUUCAUUUGUUGCAAAUUCGUAUGCAAAAUAUUAUUUAAAAAAAAUUAAAAAUAGCUGUUCUGUUGAAAAAAAAUUUUUUUUUUUUAUAAUAUUUGUACCGUGUGGAACCAAUUUAGGCAGAAGGUGACAAAUCCAUUUUUAAUUAAUAAUUAGUCACAAUAAAUAUAUAUUAUGCAUAUUUAUAUACAUAAAUAGGAAAAAUAAAUGACUUUAUUUACCAAAUUA